UAAAAUUUAGAAAACCAAAACAACAUCUUAAAAAUUAGAAUAUUUCAGGUUUCAACAACAUUUUUACUCCCAUUCAAUCGUUCAAAUUAGUAUUUAAUGACUUUGGAAGAGACUUGUGAGCAAGAAAUCUCCCAAAAACACUGCAAAAACGUAAAACGCGAAAAUAGUGAAUUCGGUGAGAGCGUUGGGCGCUCUUAAAACUUCCGAAUUGCAUCAAAUUUCGUCUUUUUCGUAGUCAUUCAGAAGUUUUUUAGAAGUUAAAUGUUGCAGUAGACAAAACGCAUUAACACACACACCCCUUUUUUUGGCUCCUUGGCAGAAAAUUGUUGUCGGCGUCAAUGGAACUUACAGGAAUUGCGAUGCGAUUGCUUAAGAAACAGAAAAACAGGGAAAUAAUGCCUCCUCGUAUAGAAUUAGAAAUGUCGUAAAUUUGGUAUUAUCUCGAUGCUAAGACGUACGAAAAAGAUGCGAACGAAGAAUAUUUUGAUUUUUUUGGUGCUUAUAACCAUCACGAGUUUCCUCUUUUUCAUCUUGGGUCCGGCAACGGAGCAAAAUGACUCGCUGAAGAACAUAAUGUCGCAAACGCACCAACAAAUUCAGGUUUUCAAGGACAAUUUGUCGAAGAAAAACGACAAAAGUCUCGAAAUUGACGAGAAAUAUUUGGAAAUGUUGGGUUUCAAGCCGACAACGGCGGCAAUUAACACGCCAAAUGGCAGGUUGGAUUUCUGCAUUGUCACGUAUGUGCGGGCAGGACAACUCGAUACGGCAGUUUUGUUCGUGCAAAGUGUCCAAAUGCGUUUGCCGAAUGUCACGAUGCUCAUUUACGACUUGGGCCUGUCGGAAGACGAUCAACGCACGUUAACGACUUCGCCGCUUUGCAACAACUCCAAAUGCACUGUGAUACCCUUCGAUUUGUCAGCAUUCCCGGAUUUUGUAGCCGACGAGCGAAUGCAUGCCUUUCGCCCGCUCAUCAUCAAAAAUGCCCUGUCGCACGCCAAACUGAUCCUUUUCACGGAAAACGAAAAUCGCGUUCGCAGCAAUGUGACGACGCGCGAUUUGACGCUGCUAACGCGCAAGACUGAAAACAGUACGCUCGGCGUACUUGGCUGGACCACGAACAAACAAGCUGUCUCGAGUCGCACGCAUCAAAAAAUGUUCGAAUAUUUCGACAUGAACCCCGAAUCUUUUUAUUUCAUCCCAAUGGUCUCGAUGAGUGCGGUUUUUUUCGUUCGAACCCCGUUUGUCAUUCAACGCAUCAUGUUGCCGUGGAUCAAAUGUGUCCUCACACAAGAAUGCGUUUGUCCCAUUGGAGCGCAAUCGGGCGGCUGUAAAUACAACAAGAAGCCCCUUUAUCGCUACAUGGGAUGUCACAGCUACGACGAGAGCGCCUUCAACAUCGUGCUUGGCAAAACUUCGAAACUCGACGAGACAAAGUACUCGGAAACGGGAGAAACGCCACUUUUUUACACAGAAACUCUCGAACAAGCGACCAAAAUUCUCGAGAAUCGACGCAAAAAUGCCAGUGACGCUUCUGAAAGGCCAUUCACGGAAAUCUAAACCAGUUUUUAGCGAAGAAAAAUUAAUUUUGAUGACGCUUCAAUUAAAUUCUAGAAUCUUAAAAAAAAAUUAUUAAAUUUAAGGAUAGGAAAGUUUACCAAAAAAUUAAAAUUAGGAUAAAGGUUAAAGUAUUUUAAAAUUAAUUUUAAGGGAAAACGAACACAAAUUAAGAAGAUCUUACUUAAUAAAAAAAAUAUUGAAUCUUGAUAUUGAACAAAAAUAUCUCACAAAAGAAAAAGAACCAAUAAUUGAAAAUUGGCCUUUUUUUCGAAUGAUAUUGUGCGUAAAUUGUGCUUCGAAUUGUAAAUAUUUACCUAAAUAAAAAAAGGCAGAAUUUUUUUAAUCAAAUGUAGAAGUGAAUU